AUGGAUUGUUUGACAGAUGAUCUAUGUGCGAUUGUACUUGCGAGGCUACCGCUUAAGACCAGCACAGCUUCAAAAGUGGUUUGCAAGCAGUGGAAAUCGAUCGUAGAGUCUCCCUUUUUCCAGGACCUUUACCGAUCAGUACUGCACCAAGACUCGCACUCUUGUUCAUGGUCGCUCAUGACUUUCGGGAUAGAAAUUAUAGCACACUACAGAUGCGAAACUUGGGGACUUGAACAUUCUUUGAAGUUUUACGUCUCCUCUUUCCUAGAAAGGUUCAAUAACAACAACAACAAGAAUAACGUACGAGCCAGAGUCGUGGCUUACUCCGACGUUGGGUUGAUUUUGAUCCAUGUAAAGCCAUCCAAGGAGAAGAUUAAUGGAUACUUUUACGUGGCUAAUCCGGUUUCAUGGGAAUCCGUAGAAAUCCUCUUUCCUGAUGCUCUCCCUCUAGGGUUUGGGACGAGUCAGGAUUACCCGAUCACUGGAAUUGUCACACGAACUGAUGACAAGGGCCUUGUUUUAAGUUACAAACUUGUUCUCAUGGAUAAAACUCAUAUAAGACAAAGAAAGAAGAGCUUAAAUUUCCUGAUAUAUUCAUCCGAGACAGGCUCGUGGAGUCUCAACACUUAUCAUCUUCCUUACUCUCUUUUCCUUCAUGAUCAUCGGCAUCGCUUAGCCAUUAGCUUGAACGGAAACCUUCACUGCCUCGCCUGGAACAGGUUCAAGCAUGAUGAAAUUGUAUCCAUCGAUUUCUACGCUGGUUCUGAUCGAUGCCGUGUUACGCCUUUCCCUGACUCGGAUAAAACUACCAAAUUCGAAAAAUGUUGCACACCUUCUCAAGGGUUUCUCAUGUAUAUGAACAUAGUCUCUGUAACAGAUGGAAGUCUAGAGGAUAAGUUAUGUCUAUGGAGGUUACAGAGAGACGGGUGGCAACUAGUAUCGGCAAUCUCUAUGUGCGAUUGUACUUGCGAGACUACCGAUUAA